UGAAGCCAGCUCCUCUCAUCUCUGGACCCCAGACAGUAACCUACCCCAUUCCAAGCCUGAGGCACCAAGCUUCUUACUUUCUUUCCCUUCCUAAGCAGCUCGAACACCUCUCAGAAACUAAGAUGAAGAUCGGGAAGGCUCCUGAGAUCCUGAAGAAGGCUGCAGCAAUGUGCAAGAGUAAGACCGGGGUGCUGGCGUCUAGGCUCCUCAUCCUCGCCUCGCUCCAGCACCGCAGGAUGGCCACGACCGCCGUGGUCUCUCGCAAGAUCGAUGCACUCAUUAUGGCCGACUGGGAGAGAGCAGACUGCGACAAGGCUCUUGCCUUGCGCACGGUCGAGAAGAGACCGGUCAUCGUCAACGAGAGUGAUUUCGAGGCCAAUUUCACUCAGCACUUCACCAUGCUCGAUCAAGAGAAUGGUCAUGGUGGCUUCCCAGCUGAGUGGACAUUGCAUCCCCUCUUCAACAACCACCACAACAACUGUCAUUACAGUGACGAUGAUAAUCUGCUACUUGAUUCAUGUGAUCAAGACGAUGAUGAGCCAACAGUCAUGGAUGCGAUCAGGAGCAACCGAGAAGUUGAGGGGUUGGAGUUCAACGUGGAGGAGGAGAUUGACCAGGCUGCUGAUAUGUUCAUUAGGAGCUUCCGGCAACGACUGAACGCGGGGCUUUAGGAUCUUAUUUGCACAUGCAUGUACCUCGGCUUAGGUCGUUGUUUUCUUUUUAGGUGCCCACAAAUUAGAAAAUUUUGUAGGAAUCAACAUGAGUAGGAGUUGAGGCUUGACAAACAGUUGUCCUUAUUGUCAUAUUUUUUUGAACAAUUUUGUCAACAUCUAA